UGCUCUGCAGAGGAAAAAUGGCAUGUCUUGUAAUUGUACAACUGUCAAACUAAACUGUUACACUGCACUGUGAGUGGAAGAUACUGCACUGACUGCACUACUAGCACUGUAGCCUCUGGAUUAUUAUCAGGAAGAUGUCCGACUAUCUCACAAUAGCAGAUCUAAAGAGAUUGUAUCUCGUCACGUUUGAUGCUCGAAUCAAGUGGCGAAACAUCUUGCUUAUUCUUGACAUACCCCAGGCUACAAUCCACAGCAUCGGGAAAGAAUGGAGCAACAAUCCUGAUGACUGCUAUCGUGAGGGUUUGAUUAGAUGGCUUAAUGAAGGAGGGAAAAGCUGGAAAGAGAUGGUGGAGGCUUUGUCAAGUCCCAUCGUGAGUGAAGUUCACAUAGCCAGGGCCAUCGAGAAAGAUCAUCUACAGUCUACUGGUCCAAGCAAUCCUACUGAUGUGAAGUCAGUUGUUGACCAAAACCGCCAGAAGAUCAACGAUGAUUUGACUGUUUUCUUAGACGAACCUCUCGGUAAAGGUGCAUUUGGAGCAGUCUUCAAAGGCAGCUACAGGGGCGAGAUAUGUGCAGUCAAAGUGCUGCUUCACGAUGCUAUGGAGAUGCAGGCAAGUAUUCCAAUCAGCAAAAACGAAGAAGCUAGCAAUGCAAUUGAUCGUGAGAGUGAUUUUCUCAAGUCAUUCCAGCACCCAAACGUUGUUCAGUUUUUGUCGACUGCCAAGCACCCCAAAUCAGGGAGUACAAUCCUCGUUGUUGAGCUGAUGGAUUGCAAUCUGAGAUCCUAUUUCUCCGGCCUUGAUGAAGAGUCCCUCACUAGCAAAUGUGAAAUUAGCCUCUCCAAAGACAUGGCUUGUGGUCUGGCCUACAUUCACAGCAAGCAGAUUAUUCAUCGUGACCUCUGUGGCGAUAACGUCUUGCUGAAGCUUACACGACCAGUGCCUGUCGCAAAGAUAUCCGACUUUGGCAUGUCACGGCUAUAUGAUCCCUCCAUGCUUAGCCUCCAUGCUUAGCCACACCCUCACAGCCAUUGGUCAUCGUAUGGGGUAUCUACCUCUCGAAGCUAUUCGAUUGGACAAGGAUAAUUACGAUAAUAGCCUGGAUGUGUUCUCUCUUGGGGCGAUUAUGGUACAGAUUGUUUGCAAGCUGAAGACGAUCAAAUCUAUAGAAGAUCGAUCAAUCCAUGUUGCCCAGAUCCCUCACACACACAGGUUGAGGAAGCUUAUCGACAGUUGUUUGCAAGAAGACAUGAGGAGGAGACCAUCUGCCAGGGACAUCUGUGAGUCAAUGAUAAGUAUAUUAUGUGUUUUACGUUUCAGCUAACUGUAACCCUAACGAAAAAAUCAUAUCCGUCUAUUAAUGUUGGUGUCGAUUUUAGAUAAUUACCUGACAACAAGCUCGGACCCAGUGGAGGCAACAAAGAAGGAGUCAAAGGACACUCAACCAGUCAAGAAGGCACACAGGGAACAGAUUAAGCACAAAGAUGCUGAGCUGGUCAGGAGAGACGCUAUCAUUCAACAACAGCGACAAGGUCCCCCUCCCAGAGAGUUGAGACCUCCACUCACUCUGAAAUGGAGAAUAGGAAAAGACAUGCCAAUCAAGACGAGUCGCUCUGUACAGAGUGUUAUUAUCGGUGACACGGUGUAUGUUGGUGGAGGUAAUGCAUACAACAAUCAUGACAUGUAUGAAGUGAUGAAGCUCGAGCAAGAUCAAUGGACCAAACUACCAGAGUACACUGCCAAGUAUUUCCCUAUGACAUCACUCGCUAAUCAACUAGUGCUGGUGGGAGGAAAGGAUCUAAGAAACAACAAACGCACCAAUCAACUUGCAGUGUUUGGUUCAGGGGAAUGGACUCAUCCGUACCCACCAAUGAACAUUGCUCGUUCUUCCUCAACAGCUGUCUCCUUCAACAACCACAUCAUUGUAGCUGGUGGGACUGAUGAUGAAGGACGUAUCUUCUCCUCUGUGGAGGUGUUGGACGUGGCAUCAAGAAGAUGGUACAUUGCUCAGUCACUACCUAACCCACGAUCAAAACUGACAUCGACUCUCAUAGGAAACACCCUCUACCUAAUGGGAGGGAUGGAUCACACUUUGAGGCCAACCAAGACAGUGCACCACGUCGACCUCAAUGAACUCAUUGCAAAAGCCCUUUCCAACCUGGACACACCCACUAUCUGGCAGACCUUACCGGAAGUACCACUCGUGUGGUCAGCUCCUCUCAGUAUUGGGAGGUCACUAUUAGCCGUUGGUGGAGCGGACGACAGAUUCUACCCAAGUUCAUCGAUCCACCUCUACCAGCCUGACACCAGGAGGUGGGUGAAAGUGGGAGACCUGCCUACUGCACGAUACUGCUGCACAUGCUCAGUACUUCCUAGUGGAGACGUCAUUGUAGCCGGAGGACAGACAAUUACUUUACUUCAAACUGUUGAUUUCUUCUGUGCUAAUUAG